AUGAGCUACCAAUACGACGGCCCGUCGCAAAUGCAGGACGCAUAUAUGCGAGAUGACCGUGGUCCACCACCAGAUGGCGCCUGUUGCUGGAACUACUACGAAUUUGGAACACAUCGCAACUGCCACCGCGCUUAUACUCAAAACAAGCCCAUGUAUGCUGCCCGCCAGCAGCCAAAUCGCCAAGAUGAUAACAAUCAGGAUAACGAUGGUGGUGGUUGCAGUUGUUAG